AUGGAGACAGUAGUGGCCGUCUCUUGGCUGUUAGAGGAUGGAACUGGACAUGUCCCAGGCAAUCCUUGCACCUCCAGCCUACCUUGCUUCCUUCAGAUGAAAGUAUUCAUUUUCUUCAUAAUUUCAAUAACAAUGGCCAGCAUGGCUGUUUUCCUUGCUUUUGUUCAGGAGGGCAGAAAUGAGUUAUUCAGAGAAACAAAAGAAAAUGGAAUUAAAAGAACUGCUCAGGAAGCAGCUUCUAUAUCAGAAGAAGAAACAAGUAAAGGAAAAAAGAGUCUUCACCAAAGAAAUGAUUCCAUGGCUCCUGGCCACUUUCUGGCUUUUUUCAAAUACCUAGAACAAGAGACUCAAGCGAUCUCUGAAGCAGCUGAAAAAAUGGAAGCUUCAAUACAGGACCUGAAAGAAACAUUUCGUUCAAAGUAUAAACGAUCAUUGCCUCCAAGUGACCUGCUGCCCACUGAUGUUCUCAUGAUGCUUUCCAAUAUAUCUGGAUGCCUAUCUUAUAUGCUUCCACCCAAAUGCCCAGACAACUGUAUGACCAGUAAAUACAGACAUAUCACGGGAGCUUGCAAUAACAGGGACCAUCCCAGAUGGGGAGCUUCCAACACAGCUCUGGCCAGGUGGCUUCCUCCAGUUUAUGAAGAUGGACUAAGUCAACCAAAAGGAUGGAAUCCUGGUUUCUUAUAUAAUGGAUUUCCAUUGCCCCCGGUGCGUGAAGUUACUAGGACAAUUAUUGAGGCCUCUAAUGAGGCUGUUACUGAAGAUGAACAAUAUUCUGAAAUGAUCACUAUCUGGGGACAAUAUAUAGAUCAUGACCUUGCCUUCACACCCCAGAGUGUAAACCAACCUUCCAUCCUAGGAAGAGCAGACUGUCGUCUGACAUGUGAAAACAGAAAUCCAUGUUUCCCAAUACAGGUUUUUGUCAAUGAUACAGUCUCCAUGAUGAGCUGCUUGCCUUUCUACCGUUCAUCCCCUGCAUGCACCACUGGUCUCCAGGGAGUUCUGAUAGGAAAUCUUUCCAUCUUAAAUCCAAGGCAACAGAUUAAUAGCCUAACUUCCUUCCUUGACGCAUCUACUGUUUAUGGCAGCACAACCGCCACUGAGAACAAACUGAGAAAUAUGACUAGCAAAGAAGGCCUCCUCAGAAUAAACAUGAAAUAUUUUGACAAUGGCCGUGAAUACCUACCUUUUGUCAACCAGGUUCCUUCACCUUGUGCUCAGGACCCCAAAGCAGACAAAGGAGAAAGAAUCGAAUGCUUUAUGGCAGGAGACUCCAGGUCAAGCGAAGUCCUUUCAUUGACAGCUAUGCAUACAGUUUGGUUGCGUGAGCACAAUCGCCUUGCAAAACAACUAAAGAAAUGGAACCCACACUGGAAUCCUGAAAUCAUCUAUCAAGAGGCUCGCAAAAUUGUUGGUGCUCUCCAUCAGGUAGGCUGAUACUAUAUUACUAUGAGAGACUAUGUCCCAAAAUAUUGGCCUAGUGCUUUGAACCAAAUAUGUUGGUCCUAUAAAGGCUAUGAUCACAUGGAUCCUACAGUAUCCAAUGUAUUUUCUACAGCCUUUCGCUUUGCUCACGCUGCAAUUCAUCCAAUAAUAAAGAGACUCAAGCACAGUACCAGGAUGACCCAAACCUUCCCAACCCCAUUUGCAUGAAGUUUUUUCACACCCUGGAGACUCAUUAAUGAAGGUGGUUUGGAUCCUGUUCUGAGGGAACUGGCAACUGCUGCAAAACUGCCAUUGCAAGAUCAACUAGUGAAUGAGGAAUUAACAAAGACUUUUGUGUUGUCCAAUAAUGGUUCAUUGGAUUUAGCAUCAUUAGAUUUACAACGGGGACGGGAUCAUGGACUGCCAGGUUACAAUGACUGGCGAAAAUUCUGUGAUUUGCCAUUGCUAAAAACAGAAAGGGAGCUGACAGAAGCAAUCAAAAACAGGAAGGUUGUCCAAAAUAUCAUGGAACUGUACAGCAGCCCUGAUAACAUUGAUGUCUGGCUAGGGGGAAUAGUAGAAAAUUUUCUUCCAGAUGCCAGAACAGGUCCAUUGUUUGCAUGUAUAAUUGGAAAGCAAAUGAAAGCACUGAGAGAUGGUGAUCGAUUUUGGUGGGAAAACAGUGAUGUUUUUACUGAAACCCAAAGGCAUGAACUCAGAAAAUAUUCUUUAUCCAGAUUAAUCUGUGAUAACACAAACAUCAUUGAAGUACCCCUUGAUGCCUUCAUGCUUGGAAAAUAUCCUAAAGAUUUUGAGCCUUGUGAAAAUAUACCAACCAUUAAUUUAGAAGCCUGGCAGGAAGCUUCGCACCCAGAGCUGGCUUGUGGUUUCCCAAUAAGCGUAGAACACGGUGAUUUUGUUCGUUGCUCCAAAGCAGAAAAAUCCAUGGUUACCUACUCAUGCCACCAAGGUUACAAGCUACUAGGAGAAGAACAACUGUCUUGUACCAAAGGGAUCUGGAAUACAAAAGCACCCAUCUGCCAAGACAUCAAUGAAUGCGAAAACAAAGACAAUCCACCAUGUCAUUCCUCUGCUAAAUGUGUAAACAUUAAGGGCACAUUUCAGUGUCUUUGCACAGAUCCCUAUGAACUGGCAAAAGAUGGGAAAACAUGUACAGAUUCUGGGAAGCUUUCCAGGGGCUCUCUAGUCUCCAUCAUUUUAGGUAUCGUUCUCGUUUGUUGCUUGGCAGUAUCAAGCUGGUUUGUGAUUUGCUGGUGGUGCUACUCAGCUACAUCCUCACUUAAUUUGCAUGUGUUAAAUGAUGAACGAAAUCUUUCUGCCGAAGUAGAUUGCAAGAGCUGCCUUGAAAUGAAUGCAUCACAGUCACAAUCAAAUAUACUAGUUAAAUCAGAUGAUAAGAUCCCUGGGCUCUCCAUAGUAGCUAGCAGCCUAGGAAUUCUUUCUCCUACUUAACCCUGGAUGGACUUCCUGAAACCAUAAAUAAAAGGAUCCCCCCAGUGGUCCACGCAUUUUGCUCUGCAUGUGAAUUGUUACAAAACACCACAGAAGAUACCAUGAGGUUAUGCUGUGUAACAGGAAGCAAAGGAGAACAGGACUGAAUAAAUGAUCCAAAAAUGUGCCUGUGCCAGACCAUUCUGUCUUUAGUGUUAAAAAAGAAUCCAUAACACCUGUAAUCCAUCUUUGUUCAGGUGUUGGCCAUUAAA